AUGCCAGUCUGUGAUGGCUGUGGUUGCACAUUUAGUGAGAGUGGGUACUCACGUCACCUUGCACAAACCAGGAAUUCUCCCUGUGUUAGCAUCUACGAGGACAUGCGCAACUACAUGCCUAGCAGUCCAGGUCACUCACCACAGCCCACCAAUGAUGAUGGGCUGCACAAUGAUGAUGGGCCGCACCUAUUUGAAGGUGAUUUUUUCAAUACUACACUGGACGACCUUGAAUGGCCUGUAGACGAUGAAGAUGAUGUUGAGAUGGUGGGUGAUGACGAUGAAGAUGAGGAAAUUGAGGGCGAAGGUGGAGUGGCUGAACAAGAGACAGAUUGGGAACCUCCUAGUAUGCGAAGUGCCGAAGAACCGGAGAUGAACGAGAAUAUUCCCAUGGAUGAACAAGGCAAUGCUGACGAAGACGUUGAUGGCCAACAUCAGGAAAACCCUCCGCUAUAA